UUAAAUCAAAACACUCGAAUCUAACAUUGCUUUCAGACUCGCAAUUCAAAACUUCUUGUAAACAAACUUGUAUUUGCGUUUCUAAAACCAAUAUCCCCAUCCACUUUACAUUACAUUUCUCCAACUACAACCGCAAAUAAAAUUUGUAAAUUUAAAAUGAGAAUGCAAAUUUCGCGCGCCCGGUAUAAAUAUGGCUUCCCGAGCGAUUUGAAGUCAGUGCUGCCGGACUAGUAGUUCCCGCCACCGGUGUUGCCACUCUAAAAAAUCUAUCUUUUAAGAUCAAGAUGUUGAGUGCACUCUUUUUGAUAACCGUCUUUUUAAUAGCGGUCUACAAGUUUUAUUUUAAAAAUACCGUAACUUAUAAAAAAAUUAAUAAGUAUGGUGAAAAUAAAACUGUUGUUUUAAAAGAGGCGCCGGGGCCGACGCCGUUGCCCAUUAUAGGUAAUUUACACCUUUUGGGCAAACACGAGUCGACUUUUCAAUCUUUUACGGCUUUAGCUAAGGAAUAUGGCGAUAUAUUUAGCUUAAAGUUGGGAGCUACUAAAUGUCUUGUAGUAAAUAAUUUAGAUUUGAUUCGGGAGGUUUUGAAUCAGAAUGGUAAAUUUUUCGGCGGACGACCGGACUUUUUGCGGUUCCAUCAACUGUUUGCUGGGGAUAGGAAUAACUCAUUGGCGCUCUGUGACUGGUCGAAUCUGCAGCUUCGCAGAAGGAACUUGGCUCGUCGUCACUGCGGGCCCAAGCAACACACCGACAACUUCGCAAGAAUAGGAGACGUCGCGACUUUCGAAUCGAUCGAACUUAUCCAAACCCUCAAAAGUAUAACUCGCAAUUCGGACGCCAGCAUCAACCUAAAACCAAUCUUAAUGACUACAGCAAUGAACAUGUUUUCGCACUACAUGUGCAACGUAAGAUUCGACGACAACGACGAAGAUUUCAGACGCAUCGUCGACCAUUUUGACGAAAUCUUCUGGGAGAUCAACCAGGGUUACGCUUUGGACUUCCUGCCGUGGCUCUCACCGUUCUACAAGAAACAUUUGGAUAAACUGUCAAGCUGGUCACAAGACAUACGCUCCUUCAUUCUCUCAAGAAUAGUAGAAAAACGCGAAAUGAAUUUGGACGUCGAAGGUCCUGAAAAGGACUUUCUAGAUGGUCUACUCAAAGUUUUACACGAAGAUCCCACAGUUGAUAGAAACACAAUCAUUUUUAUGCUCGAAGACUUCUUGGGCGGUCAUUCGUCUGUUGGUAACUUGGUAAUGCUGUGUCUGACGGCUGUGGCCCGAGACCCAGAAGUAGGAAAGAAGGUGAAAGCUGAAUUAGACGCUUUGACGAAAGGAAAACGGCCUGUCACACUCCUCGAUAGACGAAGCCUGCCUUAUACAGAAGCGACUGUCCUAGAAUGUCUGAGAUACGCCUCUUCACCUAUUGUUCCCCAUGUGGCUACAGAAAAUGCUGCUAUAUCUGGGUAUGGAGUAGAAAAAGGCACCCUAGUCUUCAUAAAUAAUUACGAACUGAACACCUCCGAGGAAUAUUGGGAUGAACCCGAAAAAUUCGAUCCGAGCAGGUUUUUGGAGAAAUCGAAAAUUCGCGUCCGAAGGAACUCUCUCUGCGAUUCAGGAAUGGAAUCUGACGGUGAAAGACAGCAUUCAGAGGCGAAAACUGUCGAAAAGGAAAUAUGGUCUGUCAAGAGGAAUAUCCCACAUUUUCUGCCGUUCAGUAUUGGUAAGAGGACGUGUAUCGGUCAAACCUUAGUCACGACCAUGAGUUUCGUUAUGUUCGCGAGUAUUAUGCAGGAGUUUGACGUUGCGGCUGAAUGCGUCGAGGAUCUGAGGCAGAAGCCAGCCUGCGUAGCUCUGCCUAAAGACACGUAUAACCUAUAUCUGUUGCCACGGAAACACUGAUUUCUUAUUUUUUGUAAUCUUUGGUGUGGGUUGUUCUUUUUUGAUUUUGUGGGAUUUUUUGGAGUAAUAGUCACUUAAUAUUUAUUUUUAUAGUUAGCUGCUAUUUCGAGGUUAAUAUUUAUUUA